GCAGUGGGUGUGGCUCCACAAUUGUUAGCUGGCAUGGCCGCUGACGACGGAGACGGUGGGGAAUUCGGGGAUUUCAGCUCCGCUUUCCCGAGCCUCAGCGAAGAACUGACACCCUACGGUCAAGAUCAUGUUGUUUCAGACCCCGUGCUUCUGUUUGAUGCAAAUGAAAAUGGCAAUUUAGACCUAAACUUGGAUUUCUCUGCUUUUUCAUUCGCUUCGCCUGUUGUUACAAGUGAUGAACAGUCCACCGCAGGAGAUUCGUUGAAACGGCCAGAAGAAAAUGAUACUUCAGGCUUUGAAGGACUGUCAGGUUUCCAAUCUGCACCUGGAGGACCUUCCUCCUCAGACCAACAAAGAGAUGAAGAUUGGGGUGACUUUGGAGGAUAUGAGACUGCUGCGCUUCAUAUGCCAUUGGCCCCAACUCAGACGCCAAAUACUGAAAACCCUAACAUUAAGCUUGCUGGUCAUAAUACUGUGAGUUUUGCAUCAACGUUAAUGGGGGGAAAGGUGAUUGUUAGUAUUUGGCAAGUAUUUGGUUGCUGUUACAUACAGAGGAAGGCAGGGGACUACAUUUGAAUGUUUCCAGGUUCACAUUUUUUUAUCCAAGCACUUGUUAGCAAUCCUGUUUGGGUCAUCUCUUAUAUCUGUUUUGUUUUUGGUAGCUUCAUUAUGACAAUUGUAUACUAUAAUAGAAAAUUUUGCUGUAAUGCAACAACAACCCUUACAAGGGCUUGUGUUAUUAUUUUUAACUUGGCCGGAUCAAAAAGUUAGCUGCCAAGCCACACGUUGGCACUGCUUCCAUCAUGUGCCAUACCUUUACAUCUACUGUAGCAGGUCCUGCUUGAUUGCAGCCAGAAUUUUGACACUGGCAUGCGUGAUGGUUUACCACCAACAGUUAAGUCGCUCUUGCUCACACACAUAUCCUCAGCAUUUGUGAAGUACAAAGUCAAAGUCAGUGAUUAUGAAGCAACCUUUAGGAAAGGAUUGGUGGAGCCCUGGACAGGAGUUGUGGUGAUGCUCCCAACUGCCCUCGGACUGGUAUGGAAGAGGCCAGCUCUUGUCCUCAGUUUUAAGGAAGCCCCAAUGCCAUCCAUCACAGUUAAAAGGGAAACUAAAUGGACAGGGUUGCUUGAGGCUGUUUUCGAAACAAUACUGUGUAUUUUCACCAAGAUUAAAGUAGUGGUGCAUUUAAUGUAUGUACGUCUCACAGGUUUUAGGAGGCAGGGUCUCAACAAGUGUUUUUGUAGUAUGUUUCGGAUGUCCAACUGGAAUCAUAUUAGGGAGCAUUGCUGAUACAUCUAAUGUGAAUUUCAGUUGGCUCCUACAGCUGCAAAAGAGCAUUGAUUUUACCGUUCCUCUCUGCAAAUGGGAUACAAGUUAUCUCCAAGCCUGCUACUAUUCCUCAAUCAAAGUUGAUCCUAUUCUUGUAACCAAGGCGGAUGUGGCUUUUGUUGCAGAAGUGGCACAGUUAGCUGUCAUGGAUGGUCAGUCUGCAGCUUUAGAUCUAAUGGAAUCAUUUGGUUUUGAGGGAGGUGUCGAGCCAACUUCACCCACGGAUCCUGGCAUUAGCUUUUUUCCAACUGAUGUAUCAUAUCCUACUGCUAGUUACAGUGAACCAACUCUGUUGGAUUUGAGCCUACCAAAUUCUCCUUCAGAAGACUUGAAAGAAACAGAUUCAUUCACACUGGAUGCUGACUUGCAAGGUCUUGAACUUCAGUCUUUGGAGGCAGAGAGACAGAAGACAUCUAUUGAGCAGCUUGCUCUCAAUGAAAGACUAGUUAUUAACCGUACAACAUGGAUUGACUCAGAACUAGAGCAACUUGGUGAUAUUGGUCUCAUCACGGCUCCUUUAGCUCAGUCACAAUCUGUUGAUCAAAACAAGGGGCUGACAAAAAAAGCAUCAUUUCAGGAGCAACUUCAGCAGUUGGGUUUGGACACAAGUAAAACAUCAUUCACCUCAACCACCAUUCAAACAAUGCCAGAAAUGAGUAUAUCUGCCCGGCUAGUAUUGGACCGCCUUCCAAACCUUUCAUUCAUGUUACAAGAGAAUGUAGUAGCUAUACAUCAUCACUAUUACCAUUGAAUAUUCACUUGUGUGUAGUAAGUGUGUAAGUAAUUGUUUUGGGUCUACCCAUUGGUUCUCCCAGUUUGCACAGUGCCAGGACACCAAACUCAUCAGAAGACUGGUGUAGCAUGGAGUGUUGUUUUGGCCCAAAUG